AUGACUCGCCGCGUUCCUUCUGCUCUGUCUCUCCGACAACAAGCCUCUGCCUAUUCAACCACUUCUGCUUCUUCUGUUGCCAGUUCAUCAACUGCCUCUACCGCGCGGAUCCCAGCGCCAACCGCCCCAGUUCAAUCUCUUGCUUCCUCGAAGCACUUUGUUCUCGCAGAUAUGAACGGCCGCCCGUCUGUCGAUAGCCGCGCCUGCAUCAAAUGCAUCGCCAAGCUGUCGCCCAGCGAGAUUCAGCAGGUGAACUGGCACAUCGCCGAGGAGAACAAGUGCCAACUCUGCGCCGUGAAGGACCUCAAGCCUGAAGCGUUUACCAAGCCCUUCCUCGACUUUUUGCGCGAGAACCCGACCGUCUUCCACGCUGUUGACUACUUCAAGUCGAAGCUGAAUGAUGCUGGAUACGAAGAGCUUCCGGCGCGCGACUCCUGGGCCAACAAGAUCCAACCUGGCGGCAAGUACUGGGUUACGCGCAAUGGCAGCUCCAUCAUCGCAUUCGCCGUUGGCAAGGCCUACAAGCCUGGCAACGGCGUCGGCAUGAUCGCCGGUCACAUCGACGCCCUCACCGCCCGACUCAAGCCCGUGAGCACCAAGCCCAACACCGCUGGCUACGUCCAGCUCGGCGUCGCCCCCUAUGCCGGCGCCCUGAACCAGACCUGGUGGGAUCGAGACCUGAGCAUCGGCGGCCGUGUCAUUGUGAGCGACGAGAAGACGGGCAAGACCACUAGCAAGCUUGUCGAGCUGGACUGGCCUAUUGCUAAGAUUCCCACGCUGGCGCCGCACUUUGGCGUUGGCAUGAUGGGCCAGAACAACCCGGAGACGCAGGCGGUCCCUGUUAUCGGGCUGGAAAGCUCUAACGGUGCUGACACUGAGAUCCUGGGCUCUGCUGGCUCCUUUGUCAACACCCAGCCGCCUAAGCUGGUCAAGCUCAUCUCCAAGCAGCUCGGCAUCACGUCGUACGACUCCAUUGUCAACUGGGAGCUCGAGCUCUUCGACUCACAGCCCGCAACUGUCUUUGGCCUGGACAAGGAGCUCAUCACUGCGGGACGAAUCGACGACAAGCUGUGCUCAUGGUCUGCUCUCAUGGGUCUCCUGCACACUACGGAGUCAGAUGACGAUAGCUACAUCAAGCUGGUGGCGCUGUUCGACGACGAAGAGAUCGGAUCUCUGCUAAGACAGGGUGCUCGCGGCAACUUCCUCCCUUCCACCGUUGAACGCGCUGUCGAGGCUCUCAACCCCAGCUCCUACGGCCCUGGCGUCAUUGGCCAGACUUUUGCCAAGUCGUUCCUCUUGUCCGCCGACGUCUCCCACGCCGGCCACCCCAACUUCAUCGGCAACUACCUGCCCGAGCACAUCCCCAAGCUCAACGUCGGCCUGGUUGUCUGCGGCGACAGCAACGGCCACAUGACCACCGACGCUGUCUCAUCCGCCAUCCUGCACCGCGUCGCCAAUCUCUGCGGUGCCAAGCUGCAGGACUUCCAGAUCCGCAACGACUCGCGCAGCGGUGGCACUGUUGGCCCCAUGCUGUCGAGCGCGAUGGGUGUGCGUGCUGCUGAUGCGGGUCUGCCUCAGCUGAGCAUGCACUCUAUCCGUGCUACAACUGGUUCUUUGGAUCCAGGCUUGGGAGUGCAGUUCUUCAAGGGCUUCCUCGACUUUUGGGAAAAGGUUGAUGGUGAAUGGGAGUGA